UUGAAUAUCAAUGUCGUUCGCCUCUUCUUCCAUCAAGUAAUGCAAUGGCAAAUACAGAUGGACGUCCUGACGUCGCCCAAAUCCUCUCUCAUCCAUCUUAUCCGGACACCAUAUGGAAGCUGACCCCCACGAAAAGCGAGUACCUCCCUGUUGGCGAAGGAAGAGGUGGACCAUUCAAGAUCCAUUAUGAAGUGCAUGGAAAUGGUCCCGUUAAGCUUGUGUGGAUAAUGGGAUUAGGUUCUAGAAAAACUGCAUGGCAAAGACAGACGUUGAAGUUCGGGCACGAAGAAGGAAACAAGUAUUCCUCUUUGGUCUUCGACAAUCGAGGAAUGGGCCUAUCUGACAAACCACUGCUGCGUUAUUCAACCAGUGAGAUGGCUAAAGAUGUCCUUGAAAUUCUCGAUCACCUAGGUUGGACAGCCGAGCGGGAGUUGCACGUCGCCGGCGUGUCCAUGGGAGGGAUGAUCGCCCAAGAACUCGCUUUGAUGGCCCCUAACCGUAUUUGCUCCUUGAGCCUCAUCUCCACGGCCGCACAAAUCGAGAACACAACCUCGUUCGUCGAAAACUUGCGCACAAGAGUCAACAUGUUCCUCCCUAAAACGCUCGACAGGUCCGUGUCUGACGCAGCCCAUAUGCUCUUCUCAAACGCCUGGCUUGACUCCCCCGAUGACACGCGACUCCCUAAUGCCUCGACACCCAACGUCGAGCUCCCAUCCUCCGGCUCGUACGGCAUGUUCGAGACCAACUAUCAGCGUUUCGCCGCCCAAGAGGUAACGAAGCGUUUGGACCUCGAUGGCUUUCCUAAGAAGGGGUUUAUGAUGCAAGCCAUUGCUGCGGGAUGGCAUUAUAAGAGCCCGAAACAGCUGGAAGCGUUGGGCGAUAAGAUCGGAAGGGAGAGAAUUAUGGUGUUGCAUGGCACGAAGGAUAAUAUGAUUAGUGUUCCACAUGGCCGGAAGCUGAUUGGGUUGCUUAAGCCGGGAGUGGGCGUUAUCAAGGAGGGGGUUGGACAUGUGUUUAUGCUUGAGGAUGCAAAGUGGCACAAUGAGAUGAUGGAGAGUCUGAUUUUGAAGACGGAGAAGUUGAAGGAGGGGAAGAAGUAGAUGCGAACUUAGUUGUGUAUGGUGAUGAUAAAGAUGGAAGAAGGGGCUGGAUGACCCUGGUACUAGACGCUAUAGCAUUACCAUCUAGAAGAGCGGACUGAGCUUCAAGAUCUGUUGUUGCACAUCGUCC